UUGAUAAUUCUUGGGAGCAAUUGUUGGCAAUCGAUUCCAAUUGGCCACGUAAAACAAACCGCCUGUCUGUCACCAAGUGUGGUGUGGCUGCCCAACACCCGCGCCACCUCCCUCCGCCGCAGCGAAGAGUCAUAUAAAAUCCACACAGCCGCACGCUCCCCUUCAUCCAUGGAGAAUCUCACUACCAUCUCCAACAAUUCAUGCUUCAAUUGGCCCAUCGCUCGUCUCAAAGCCGGCGAAAAAGCUCCAUAUUCACCGGCGAAGAUGAGGUUCCAAAAUAAAUCUCUCCCGUUUGCCGUUAAAUCAGUAUUGAAAACCGACUCUCUUGCUAACGAGCCAGGGGAUGAUGUUGUUCGGUUGGAGCCUGAUUAUGAACGCACACCUACCCAUCGCCCUCUUCGAACUCCUCACAGCGGGUAUCAUUAUGAUAGAACCGCACGAAGAUUUUUCGAGGGGUGGUACUUUAAGGUCUCAAUCCCAGAAUGCAAGCAGAGUUUUUGCUUCAUGUAUUCAGUGGAGAACCCGGCAUUUCCAAAAAAGUUGAGCAAAAUUGAAGAAGCACAGUAUGGGUCCCGGUUUACGGGAGUUGGAGCUCAAAUUCUAGGAGCUGACGAUAAAUACAUCUGCCAGUACACUGAGGAGUCGACGAAUUUUUGGGGAAACAGGGGCGAGCUGAUGCUAGGUAAUACUUUCGUGAGGCAAGCCAAUAUGCAGCCUCCUAAGAAAGAGAUUCCUCCACAGGAGUUCAACCGAAGAGUUUUAGAAGGUUUCCAGGUUACACCACUUUGGCAUCAGGGCUAUAUUCGUGAUGAUGGAAGAACGAAUUACGCAGAGAUCGUGAAAACGGCACGCUGGGCGUACAACACACGCCCCGUUUAUGGAUGGGGAAAUGUUGGGUCAAAGCAAAAGUCCACAGCAGGAUGGCUUGCUGCCUUCCCUGUCUUCGAGCCUCAUUGGCAAAUAUGCAUGGCAGGUGGACUUUCCACAGGUUGGAUCGAGUGGGGUGAUAGACGAUACGAGUUUAGAAAUGCUCCGUCAUAUUCCGAGAAGAACUGGGGUGGCGCCUUCCCAAGAAAGUGGUUCUGGGUGCAAUGUAAUGUAUUUGAGGGAGCUGAUGGAGAAGUUGCAUUGACUGCCGCUGGUGGACUGAGACAGCUGCCUGGAUUGUCUGAGACUUAUGAAAAUGCUGCACUAAUUGGAGUUCACUAUGGAGGGGUUUUCUACGAGUUUGUACCAUGGAAUGGAUCAGUCAACUGGGAAAUUGCUCCAUGGGGCCAUUGGUGCAUUUCCGCAGAGAACGAAAAGUACACGGUGGAACUGGAAGCAAAAACAAAAGAUCCUGGGACCACAUUACGUGCUCCCACCUUAGAGGCUGGCCUUGCUCCGGCUUGCAAAGACACUUGUUUUGCAGACCUUAGACUCCGGAUAUUUGAACGGAGUCAUGAUGGAACGGAAGGAAAAGUUAUAUUGGAUGUUACAAGUGACAUGGCAGCAGUAGAAGUAGGGGGAGGGCCGUGGUUCACAGCAUGGAAAGGCAAGACUUCAACACCAGAAGUUAUCAGUCGUGUUGUUGGGCUUCCUGUUGAUGUUGAAGGUAUAUUCGACUUGGCUCCUUUCCUUAAACCCCCUGGCUUGUAGUCAUUGGAACAUUUGGUUCCAAACUGCUUUUUAUCUUGUGUUGUAGUCUCUCCUUAUUUUUAUCAUGAUCAUCGUUAAAUUAAGUGUGGAGAUUUUGCUUAAAAAUUGAUGUGAAUUAUUGUAAUGAUGUAAUUAUAAUAGAAUAUCUCUUCAUAAUUUCUUUUGGCUUUCAUGCAAUUAGAAGGGGCAACAUAUCACUUAUCAGUGUCUGUAUAUGUUUGACCAACUGUGAAAGUAGUCCAAAUUUCU